CUUUAGACAAGGUGAGCAACAAACAAGAUCUGCUGCAGUACAAUCUCCUUUUCAAGAAUCUGCAGGACAUCAAGAAGAAAUCGGCACAUUUUUGGUUAGAGGACACAAUGAGGCACCAGCAGUGCCCUGUUUGCCAUGUCACAUACUCGAAUCUUCCUAAGCACCUGACGGGAUUCCACAACGUGGCGAAUCCCAAAGAGAAGGCCCUGCUCCUGAGCCUCUCCAGCGGACGCGUGAAGGGAUUGUUCCGAUGUGAGGAGCCUCAAUGCGGGAAAACGGUUAAAAGGCUCGACAGGCAUUACGCAGAAUGCCACAUUGAUAAAACGUCCGAUGAAGCUAAGAGCAUUGUCACAAGGUGCAAAAAUCAAUACAUCUUGGAACAGCUAGGAAAACUGAGGGAAACCCAUCCCCAAGUGCUGAUGGUCAGCGUGCUGGAUUUGGGCGGCAGGCAGACCACCCAGGAUGACCGAUGGACCCGACCACCCCCCGACGCACCAGAGACAUCGGCGGACCCAGCCUGCAGCCAGGGACAUCAACGGACCUCCCGUUUGCAAGCGGGAUGCCUGGGACUUCUGGGGAAUUCCCGCCUGAAAGCGGAAGUCCUGGGGACGUCCAUAGACAUCCCAACCGACACUGAAACACCUGGAAUGUCCACAGAUGUCAAACCAGAGCCAGCGCCGGCGGAGACCACCCAGGACCUCACACCCAACUGCUCAAACACAGACUGCCAGCGGCUCCUGAGAGAAAAUCAGGAGCUCAAGGCACGUCUGGGUUUGGGUAAGGGAGAAUGCCCCAGGCAGGACUGCCAGCAUAAAAGCCAGGAGCUUUCCAGGCUGGUGCAGCUCUACAUGGCAAGCCCCCAAAAGAAGCUCCGAAAUAAAUUUUCCAGAAAGGAUGAUUUUGAAACAGAGCAUGCCCCAAAAUAUGAACAAGUCCUACAAGACUUUUUUGUCUUCUGUGUCGGGGCCAAUCCUUCAAGCAAAGUGAAAGACAACGGCAAUACCUGCCGGAGCCACGUCCGCAGGUUUCUUUUGUUUGCAGGAGAGGGCAAGCUCCUGAAGGGGGACUUUUCCUUUUUAGCCGACUCAACGAAGAUUGCAGAGUGGGUGGAGGUUCUUAAAACAGACAGAAUGAAACCCACGACCAUAAGAAUUAAUCUAGUAAACAUCCACAAGUUCGUCAAAUUCCUAAACAACCUGCCUGCAACCCAAACAAAACUCAGUGUGAGGGACUUCCAAAGGAUCCAUGCACAGAUAAAGGCGUGCCUGAAGGAUCUACAGAAGGAUGUCACUCUACAUAGUCAAAAGUUUAGAAAGGAGAACAAAAGUUCGAGAAAUAAUGCCGAAAGAACUGCGUAAUGUUAGAAAUAUGCUUUAAAAUUUUUACUCUAACCAAUAACAUUGGCGUAGGAACC